CAACGAAAAUGUAAUGUCUUAUUUUCUACCUGAGGUUUAUUUGAUUGAAUAGAAGUUUCGUAAUGCUUAAAUUGUUACGCGUAUGCUUAAAUUGUUACGCGUAUGCUGAUAUAAAUUGGACACGUGACAUCACAGCAACUUUGAGAAAAAAACACUUUAUAUUGGCGUUGUCUCGGGAUGGUUUAACGUCGUAUUAAUGUAAUGUGUCUGUAGCAUAUUAUCUCUCGUCAUUGAAUAUGGGCGGUUGAAGUUAACCACCCUCAUCGAAUAUUAAAAACAAAUAACAAUAAAUAGAUGUAUCCACCAAUCCAAAGAAUAGGCGGGAACUAGACAGCCAGCCGUGCCACUUUGUGAACAACGACUCCCAUUGUUAGGGCGGAGAGACAUGUAUAAGUCUAGUCAGUUUUCCAUAAUCUUUGGUUUGAUGAAAACAUCUCUGGUGGGAAAAUGCAUAUUGUUUUAGGCAGAUGAGGUUAUUCGCAUGAAAAUCUGCCCCAAAUUGGUUGGAAACCUAGCUAUAGACGUGAAACUAGUUAGGGAAUUAAGAAAAUGUAAUGGUAGCUAAGUUAUUCAUAUGAAGAUAAUGAAAGGGUGAUUUCUGUUCGGCUAGUUGAAGAAGUCGGUUAUCUGAUUGACAGCCAGUAGUACGAGCUAAUGAGUAACGUUAGUGUUCUCGGGUUGUUAGGUAGGCAACUGUUGUGGCAAUGAGUUCUAGAGGUAGAGGAACCCAAAAACCAAACGUAUCUGGUACAAAAGGAACUCCACGCAUUGCUAUAUCCAGUUAUAAAAUCGGAUACACCUGGAAUCAGGGUGGAAGACAAGGCGCCGAGAAUAAGGCAACUUGCAUGGAGUUCCUCAAACUAUGGAUACAGAAGACUUUUGGAUGGGUUCAUCCUUACAAUGCCAGGUCUCACAUCACAAGAGUGGGGCUGGAAGGAUGAGUGGUGGACAGCUAGGAGGGAGUUGAGGCUCACAGUCAGGGCAGAGUGCCAUUACAGGUCAGUGUCCGGCUCUACCCUCUACCUGCUGUUCAGCUAUUGGGUGACCAUACAUGCCCAUCAGUACUUACGGAGAAAGUCUGUUUGUGGAAAUUAUAUUAUUUCAAAAAAGCAGUAACAAGAGUUGUUCCUGUAUGCCAGCUGAGAGGCUGUGUGUGGCUUGGGACAGCUGGGAAGUGUACAUGAGGAUGAAACACAGGAUGCAAGAAUCUGCUCUUCAGUUUCAGAAACUCACAGCUCUAUGUUGGGUGUGGACUAUGUGGCAGACUAGGAUGUGGAGGAGGUAUGAUGCAUGUGAUAUGGAGGACCAAGCACUGGGCUCUGUGACUCUACAGACUAAGCUGUUGCUGUGCGAGCCUGGCAACUCUGCUUGGUCCUGAGGUAUUGGAAUGUGUGGAGAAGUGAGAGAGGUGGACAGAGAGCAGGGUGUUGACCAUGUGGUACAAUGCAGCAUACAGCAUAGCGCUGGAGACACUAUCCUACCCCACACACACUGACAGAUGUGAAGUCACACACUAUUGCAAGAACAACAUUAGCAAUACUCACCUUAUGGUUAACUUCAUGUGCCCUCAUCUACCUCAACAUCAUACUUCGGAACAUAUUGCAAGAAGAUUAAGUGAAUUUCCUGAGUUUAUGUGGACUUGUGCAUGCAUGAGUCAGAGAGAUCAGUCAGCAGCAAGUCAACACCGCCAUCUAUUGGUAAAAUGGAGCAAAGCACUUCUGAAUUAUUUCUGCAAUACUCGGUCCAUAGACAAGUUGCUGUACCACAGAGUAUUCCUUAACUUUCUGUCUCUAAUUUGUUCUGUCUGCAGCACGCUGGUCUGAGAAGUCUGGCCCUUAAUAUCGCUCAGAUACUCAUCGACUCAACAAGAACAUCGCUGUCCAGCAUCAUCAUCACCACACUGCAGGCAUUGGAUACUCUGGCAGCAAAGUCUGGAGGAGGCUGAAGAUGGGGUACUUCAGAUGCAGAUGACACACACCCACUACAGGUUGGCAGGCUCCUUUUGGCAAAUUUCAGCGACGCACGAUGUCCAUACACUUUUUUUUUGCUUCCCAGACAACUAGUGUGUUGCGUGUUAGAAGAGUAAUUCUGAAAGUAGUUUCUCUGGCCCGACGUCACUACAGAGCUACUGCUUGGAUCACUGGAGAGAGAAGCUUGUUGAGCACUGACAAAUGCAGGUACACACACACUGAAGUGUAACUGUCAAAAUAAAGGAACCGCCAACAUAAAGCGUCUCAAUAGGGCAUUGGCUCCACCACGAGCCAGAACAGCUUCAAUGCACCAGUUGGUGUUGAUUCUGCAAGUGUCUGGAACUCUAUUGGAGGGAUACGACUAAAAUAAUGGCCUGACAAGCGUUUUUUGUACGUGACCCUAAGCAUGAUGGGAUGUUAAUUGCUGAAUCAACUUAUAACCACACCUGUGUAGAAGCACCUGCUUCCAAUACACUUUGUUUAUCAAGUGGUUCUGUUAUUUUUGGCAGUUACCUGUACAUUACUGUGUGUGGUUGUAGGGUCUGGAGCGUCGUGCUCAGGCCUGGUUUGCGAACCACAUCUUUCCACAGUGUCUGAACUCCUGGGUUGAGUUUACCUGCCAGAGGAAACAGCACAGGGAGAGGCGAGACGACACAAUCCCAUAAUCACAUCCUGUUUCUGAACUAGUGCUGAUCUAGGAUCAGGUCCACCCAGUCCAUGUGAUCUUAUUAAUUAUGAUCUGAAAGGUAAAACUGAUCCUAGAUCAGCACUACUACUAUUAAACUUUUUUUUUUUAAGAGGCCUGGACUACGUUUAUGUAUAUAUAGCUAGCCUUGUGGUGGUGAUGAUGACGUUUGUCUUAAUGUGUGAAACACUCUAACCGUCUGUGGGCAGCGUCAGUACACCUGGGCCUUUUACACCUGGUGGGGACAUUCAGAGGAGAGAAAGGAUCAGAGGCUGGCUGAGAGGAUGGUAAAACAGCUGUCCCGACACACACACACACCAUCACGGUACAGCCAUACACUCAGACAGAGCCCAGCUGUCCUGCCCUUUGGGCCUUGCUGCAUGAAGAGAGGUUGUGUUUAAGCAGAGCCUGGCACCACUGGCAGUGGAGAGCGGGGUAGGAGAAGGAGAAACGGAGAGCCUCUGACAUACUGGACCACCAUACUGUAGUCCACAACACACUGAGCCAGUGGAAGGAUAACGUCACCAUGAUCCGGGACAGGUACUGUACGACUGACUGUAAAAUAUCAGUGAGGAUCAGGAUGAUCUUUUUCUUGAUGUUAUAAUGUACGUUAAUGACCUGCUACUUACGCUGACUGUUGGGGACCAACUGGUUCAGAAAGACGUAGACUGGUGUGUGUUCUUAACAGGAUUUGAUUAGACCCUUUUGAGAUUUUGGUUAGUCCUUCAAGUGUGUUUAAAAAAAAAAUGUAUCUCUUAAGGCGAAACCGAGAGGCGCAGGCAGGUCGACAUGGGGAUGUGUCUUGUGUGCGACGCACCCUGAGUGGCUGGAGUGAGGUACAGCAUCUUACCAUAUACAGUAUAGUUUACCAUUAGCCUUCCUCUGUUUGGUUUCUCCAGUGUAAUCCUACAUUAUUUGAUGUCAGUGUGUCCAGCACAGAGGAGAGAAGAACAGCAGGCUGGAUCAGUUUGUCUUCAUGGCAUGAGUCAGACUUCUCAAACACACCUUACAGGCCUGGAAGGCACAACAGAGCUCACAUCCUAUACAUCACGGACGGGCUAUAUAUAUAUAUAUAUAUUUUUUUUUCUCUUUCUUUCAGAAUUCCGGGUCUGAAUUUUUGACAGUUAGAAUAGUAGAAUACACAAGGUGCAGCUUCGAAAUUUGGUUGUGCAUCAUCACUUUAUCUUCUGUCACUCAAUUAGCCCAUGUCAACUAAAAUGUAUUAGAUUGAUAAGUUAGUUUAGCGGCGUGCUGUCCAAACUUGUAUUUAUCAUGGUAGAACUACCAACCAGUGGGGCCCCCGUUGAUUUUGGGAGUCACCCACUCGUAUAUCAUAUUAAAAACUGCUAACAUUUCUCUCUGCCCCAUGUCAAAAUCUGUAGCAUUGCAGGAAAUUAACUUUAAAACUUAAACAACAACAAAAAAUUGCUCCUCUGUCAAGACAGGGGGGCCCUGCCAAAAGGCUAGGACAGGCUCUGACUGCAUGUGUGGGUAUGCAUGUGCGUAUGCACCUCUCAAAGUUGCCCAUCCCUAUUUAUACGUUAACUGUUCUGAAUGUUGUUAGUUAACACUUCUAUUGUUCAUUCAUUUGGUCAUCAUGUGUCGUCUGACCUGACUGAUGCUCCUUGCAGAAUAGGCUCCACCCUGCCUUGUUUGUUUGUGUCCGAGGGGACGUGCUGUAAUCUCUGCCUAUGAUCCCCUGUGGUGGCAUCACCUCCAGACAGAGCAGGUCGAUGAGCUUGUCGAGGAGCGCUACAGCCUGCAUCAGCAUGACUUCCUCCAGCAUCAACCCAAAUGGAUCCACCGUCUCUUACUUGGAAUGUUGAUUUUGGUCAUCUUUCUGACUGACACUUGUAUUACUUUCUUCCCAGGAGGGUUCUGCGUGUGUGGAAGGAGACUGCAGCAGCCAGGAGCAGUGAGAAGAGGGCAGAGAACCACUACCGGCACUGUUCAGGCUAAGGUGCUGUUGGCAUGGAGGAAAGCCACAUCCUGUGUCAAACCGUCACCGGCAGUGAGCAUGGCUCCGAGUCGCAUGGAUAAAGUGAGGCAGCGGUGGACUUUCAGGACAUGGUGGGAGCGAAGCAGAGCUGUUGUGGAGGAGAGAACCAAAAGGCACCACCACCACUCUUCUUUGCAGUAUGUUCAGAUUGGGGACUAUGUACCGGCAGCAUCAGCAGAGCUAUAAGGUGAUGCAAGAAACGGGACACUCAAUGUUGAGACGGGCCGCCCCCAGGUGGUAAGGGGAGCUGCAGCACAGAAGGGGAGAGAGGCUGAGCAGACAGAACUGGCCCUCUGGCAUUGGUCCCUCAGUCUGCAGGCCAAGGUGCUGGAGGCUAUGGGUCGCGGAGCAGCACCGGAAGCAGGAGAGGCUGGCCCAGGCUUCCCAGUUCUAUAGAGACCAGCUUCUGAGGAAAGGGGUGGCCCACGCCGCUCACAUGGGCAGCUUCUGCACCAACAUAGCACUUCACAGCCAGGAGCAGAGUUCUUCGGUGUCUCCAGGGGUGGUGUUGCAGUGGAAACAGACAGCAGUAAGAAGAUGCGCUGGUGCACGGUGUCUGAGCAGGAGCAGAAGAAGUGUGCUGAGCUGGCCAAGGCCCUGGUGGCAGUGUUGCCUCCUGCUGCUGUGGCAGCAUUCGCAAGGCUCUCCUGUGUCCUUGCCUACAGCACCACCGACUGCAUCAACAAGAUCAGGGCUAACCGUGCUGACAUAGUAACAUUGGAUGCAGGGGAAGUCUACACUGCAGUGAAGCAGUUUGGCCUCACUGCCAUUGCCAAGGAGAUCUACAGUGAUGGAGGCUGUAUUCUGUCGGUGGCGGUGGUGAGAAACCGCACCCUGGACGUGCGCUCCCUGCGGGGCCAGAGAAGCUGUCAUACUGGGGCCCGCUGGACGGCAGGCUGGAGUCUACCCUUGGGCUUCCUGCUGUCCCGCAACUACCUGACCUGGGCAGAGGAGCAGCCACUCAGUCAGGCGGUCAGUGCCUUCUUCAAUGCCAGUUGUGUUCCUGGGGCGGCUGCCAUAGCACCCAUCCUGUGUACCCUGUGUCAGGGUCAGAAGUCCUACAUCGCCCAGCGCAACUUCCACUGUGAGACGGCACAUGGCGAACCUUUCUACAACAGCCAGGGGGCGCUCAGGUGUCUCAAGACUGGGGCAGGGGAUGUUGCUUUUGUGGACCAUACAGCCCUGGAGGCUAUUGAAGAGAGUGAGCGGGAGGAUUACCAACUGCUGUGUACUGAUGGUACCCGUGCGCCACUAAGCCACUAUGGGAGCUGCAACCUGGGAAGGGGACCAGGACAGGGCAUGGUCACUCGACUCAGUGUUCGUAAGAUCGCACGCAAGUUCCUGGCGGCAGCACAGAUGGCGUUUGGCCGGCGGGGUCGAGAGAGGCAACGUUUCCAGCUCUUUAACUCUGCUCCGUUCGGCGCCGCUGAUCUGCUCUUCAAGGAUGUCACAGAGAAGCUGUCCAUUCUAGAGGAUAACAAGGACAUCAGUCAGGUGCUGGGGCUGGACUAUGUGGCUCUCCUCAAAGGCCUUGGACAUGAAGGAAGCUCAUUGGAGGACAGUGUUGUGCGUUGGUGCUGCAUUAGCUAUGCAGAACAGAAGAAAUGUGAGCAGUGGGCUCUCAGCAUUAAGUCAGACCCAUUGGUGUGUGUUAGAGCCAUCUCCAUGAGCGACUGUGUCGAGAAGAUUAAGAGAGAUGAGGUGGAUGCGGUCUCGCUGGACGCCACACACGCAUUCAUCGCUGGGAAAUGUGGCCUUGUCCCCGUGGUAACAGAGUAUUAUGGGAAGACGUGCGUACCGGCUGAGGGAGGAGCUGAAAAAGCUGGCCAUUUAGAGACGGAUGUGUUGCCGUCCGUCGUUGGUGUGGCGGUCGUGAAGCGCUCCACCAGGGGUGUGUUCUUUGGGAACUUUGGGGGCAGGCGCUCCUGCCACGGCCACAUGUACAGCCCUGCAGGCUGGCUUCUGCCCUUUAGACACACCCUCAGCCUGGAACACAACAACACCUCUCCCUGCGAACCAAACCAAGUGUACAACGAGGUGUUCUGGAAGGGCUGUCUCCCUGGUUCUCAGGGAAACCUCUGUAAAGUGUGUAUGGGGGGCACUGGGGAGGCUGCCACCAAACGCUGUGCAGACAACCACAAUGAGCGUUACUACGGCAACAUGGGGGCUUUGAGGUGCCUGGUAGGAGAUGCCAGUGGGAAGAGCUAUGGAGAUGUGGCCUUUGUUGAGCAGCACAAUCUAGAGAGCAACAUCCUCAGUCUGAGCCCCAGUGGGUGGUCGGAUGGGUGGCUGUCCUGGGACUUUGAGCUUUUGUGUGGGGAUGGCCGGCGGGAACCUUUAUCUGAAUGGGAGAACUGUAACCUAGGAGCCAUCCCACCCAACAUCAUCAUGACAAGACCUGUGCUCACUUCUCGCGUCUACGACUUCCUCAUGAAGUCACGGGAGACUCUGGCAUCCAACCCAGACACAGAAUUCCGUCUGUUUCAGUCCCAGCAGUAUGGAGAGAGUGAUCUGCUGUUUAAAGACUCCACUCAGUGCCUCAUCCACACCAGUCACCUGGACUACCGCACCAUACUUGGAGAUGAGUUCUACAGACUUGCAGAGACUGUCUUCAACUGCACACACUCAGACAUCUUGGAAUUUUGCAAUCAGGACGUGUGCAGCAUAUUUUGAGCAACAGAAAGAGGAGAAAUCACAUGUUUCACAUUGACCUAUUGUGGAGGACCUAACCAAAAUGCCAAAAUGUUUGCCAAAAUGUAAUAUUGUUUCUUGCUUCUUGUAAUUCCUCAGUCCACACCCACCUGAAUGUUAAAAAUAUAUAUAGAAUUGUCAGAUACA